AUGUUGGAUUCCCGCUCAGAGGCAUCCCAACCUUGUUCACCCUCUCUUCCCACAGGGAACAUCAUUCCCACCCGCUCUGUCCACACUCGAAGCUUCCCAGCCCAGCUGCUGGCCCUGACUCCCAAAAGUCUGCCCCUUGCCCUCGAGGGCCCCCAGUGCCUGGAGUGCCGCUACUUGGCUGAGAUAGGCCCGAUAAGCAGGAUCUGCGCGGCCGGGCCCUCCUCCACUGCCUCUGGCGGUGGCCGGUGCGGGAAGCAGGGGUGGGCGCAGAGACCGGCCUGUCUGGAAGCUGCGGAGGCUGGCGAGGGGGUGGCAAAGGUGGAAGUGGUGGUCCGAGCGCCAGGCAGGGCAGGGGCCAGCUGGACACCUGGGCCCGCGGCGUCCCCGAGCGCCAGUGCGCACCGGCGAGGGGUGGGAGCGGCGGAGGGGCCGAGGCGCGCACGUGCCCCUACAGCACCGGCCGUAUCAGGCCGAGGGAUCCUGCGGGCCCGGCCGAGCGGCAGCACCUGUCCUCGAGGGUGGUCUCCGGGGACGGAGGCGUGCCGGGCCGUGCGGAGAGGCGCGGCCCAGAUGGCUACAUCAGAGGGUCUAUUGCUUGUUUCUAGAUUGUCAGCGGGGCUCCACUCCCGUGCGGGCAAUUUUAAUUAACACUAACUACCAAAGGGCCGCUCAGGGCACUUGGCGCAUGUGGCUCGCACCUGCCUGCAAUGCGCCGCGUGGGCCGCCGGCUGACGGCCAUGGGGGAGCCUCCCCGCUUUGCUCUGGCCCUGAAGCGCUGGGAUUGGGACCGCCCUUCCUCCGGACCAGCUCACCCUGGAAAAGCUGGGAAAGCUGGGGUUGCUUUUUCGGGUUUCCUCGGACUCUGGCUCUCCGUUGGCAAAGACAUGCCCAGUCGGGAGGAGUAAGGCCUGAGAGAGUUGUUUUAGUAAGUGAAACGAUUUAAUUUUUUAGAUUUCUAUUUUUAGGAAAGUUACGAAUGCUGAUAAUUUUAAAAAUCAAGAAGGUUCAUUAUGUAAAGCGGCAGCGCUGGGAAUCCGUGCUCUAUGGGCCUCUGGCAUUGCUGCUCCUCUUGUGAGUGAGGCACUCUCUGCCCUGCUGUUUCCCUUACUGUCUUUUAAAGGUUAUUUAUAUUGCAGACAGCCUUGGAAGAGAUAGUACCUUCCUCCGGAGCUAAAGGCAGGCGCACUUCCCAUUAUAAAACUUCAGGCUCCCUAAGCUCAUGCUUCCUCUCCUGUAAAGCA